AUGCCCCCGGGGGGCCCUCCACAUGCCCCGGGGGGCCAUCCACAUGCCCCGGGGGCCCUCCACAUACCCCGGGGGCCCUCAACAUGCCCCCGGGGGGCCCUCCACAUGCCCCGGGGGCCCCCACAUGCCCCCGGGGGCCCCCCACAUGCCCCGGGGGGCCCUCCACAUGCCCCCGGGGGCCCCCACAUGCCCCGGGGGCCCUCCACAUACCCCGGGGGCCCCCCACAUGCCCCCGGGGGGCCCCCCACAUGCCCCCGGGGGGCCCCCCACAUGCCCCCGGGGGCCCCCCACAUGCCCCGGGGGCCCUCAACAUGCCCCCGGGGGCCCUCAACAUGCCCCCGGGGGCCCCCACAUGCCCCCGGGGGGCCCCCCACAUGCCCCCGGGGCCCCCCACAUGCCCCGGGGGGCCCUCAACAUGCCCCCGGGGGCCCCCCACAUGCCCCCGGGGGCCCUCCACAUACCCCGGGGGCCCUCAACAUGCCCCCGGGGGGCCCUCCACAUGCCCCGGGGGCCCCCCACAUGCCCCGGGGGGCCCUCAACAUGCCCCCGGGGGCCCCACCACAGGGCCCCUACUAA